AUUUUUCCAGAACUUCGCAAUUUCCAACUCAAUCGUUUAACUCUUGACAAAAUUCAAAACAACAUUUCUUCAAUUCUUUUGCGUUUGCGUAAACGUUAUGCUUCCUCUCCCCAAUUUGUUCCAUUAGAUUACAUUCUUCGCGAAUUAAUUGUUUUCUCAUUUAAAAAUUCCCCGCCAAUUAAUUGGGUUUUAGAAAUUUGCCGGGGAGCGGAUAUAAAAUAUGGCAAAUUGCUUGCUGUUGCUUCUGAACAAUACAGAAUUUUUGACCCCUUCUGGAAACAAAAUCAACGUGCUUUUAAUUUUAUGUUGGACUUGGCAGUUUUGACAACGGAACGGUCGUUGGAGGAAGCUAAAGCUUUGGGAAGUUCAGACAGAAAAGUACUCAAGAAUACAUGUUUGGAAUUUCUGUCAUCAUUACAAUUAAAUGUCCAAGAUCGAAUGAGUUUUGGCGUUGCUUCAACAACCCAAAGAAGUAUAACUGAGCGACUUGAACUUUUAAAUGCACAAAUUUCAAAGAUUUCGUAA